AUGAAUAACAUAUGUACAACGAUAGUUGUAGUAAAGUUAUUGGAGUUUUUUCCUUUGCUCGAUGAUUUUUUUAAAUUGCUAUACUUGAACAAAACAUGGAGGGCUGCCGUACUUGAUGCUGUGCAAAACACAAACCUUUUAAGGAAGAAAACAAUAAUUUGUUUAAAAAAUAAGAAAUAUAUUUUGUUGAUUUUAAAAUACAUGAAUAGCAAUAAUAAUAAUAAUAUAAGGAAUGAAAUAACUGAUUAUUCUUCUUUAGCAUUGUCAAAUAGAAAUAUAUUGUCUCCCUUUCCGAAUGUGUUGAAGUUAAUAAUUGGGUCGUGGAGUUUGAGUCCCACUUUCAUAAAUUGCAUACAGCGGGAAUUCCCAAGACUUAUUUAUUUUAAAAUUGUGAUUGGAUCACCUAUAUGUAUAGCUUUAUUAAAAAAUUUUUGUUUUAAUUCAAAGAGUUUGAGAUACAUAACAAUAAGUUUUGCAAACACCGAGUUAAAUAAUGAAUACCGAGAAAAACUAACAAAAUCGAUAAAUAACUUUUUAUAUCAUUGGAAUAUAAAUGUUAAGCUAAUAACGGAGUAG